ACACACUCUGUGAAGAACAUUUUCUAAAGAAUGAGUAAACAGAAGCUCACAAGCAUUGGUAUUUAAAACCAGAAUGAUCUGAGUUUUCCAUUAAGCCUUGAAGAUGAAAUAUUAACUUAUCUUUUGUGUUUGAACUAAGGCAAGCGUGACAUUUUGUUAUAGAUCACUGACCUCAAAAAAGAAGAAAAAAGUCACCUGUAAAGAAACAACUGAAAUGUAUUUAACUCUUUCUUUUCACAACAACAAAAAAACAACAGAAAGCUCUGCCUUCUUCUGCAGUGACAGGUUGACUGUUUGCUUUCAUUGCCUCAGAGUUUAAACAAGAUAACAUGCCCGAGGAGCUCAGGCUGGGCUCAGCCGUCCCUGUUGGGUGUGACCGCUGCCGGCACUCUGAGGGCGGACGGUGACAUGUCAGCUCCAGGUGGAGAGAAGGACAGGAGAAGUGUCAUGAAAGAAACUCUGUUGACUUUGCAGCCACAGAUUCACACCCUUCAUUCAUGACGGCAGCUUUAUCUGCAGAGGGUGAAACUCAGAGAGCACUUGUUGAGUUUCUCUUGUUGGCAGUUUGUGACAGAAAUAUGGCUGAAAAUAUCAGCCUUGGUUGUAGAUUGUUAAUGUCAAUCACAGCUUUUUUUCUGAUUUUUUUUCCUUCUGAAACCUGCCAUACUGGCCAGACUGUUAUCUCUUUCAGAGAGUGUUAUGCAACAACAAAAGAAGAGCUUUGUUUGGGAACAACAGCUUUCCUUUGUGGAUGUUAAGAUGCUGUAAUUGAGUAAAGGCCAUUAUUUUGGUAAAAUCUUGAAAAACUGGUUUUCCUUAACAAAAUGUUCAUGACUUCUGUGUCAAAGCAGCUGUUGUGAUCAGGCCUUUGUGUGACUGAGAUUACACCUGUGUGCUCAUGACCUCUGGAGAGACAGGAGCAUUACAAGGAGGAGGAGGAGUGGCACAGGUACACUGGAUAUUCUCGCCGGGUUUGAAGAGGGAGGAGAUGAAACCUGGAGGGCAGCAUGGCAACACAAACCUCAUAAAGACGGAGUCACACCCAGCCGGCGGCCUCACUUCAGCUCUCACACCUGACGGCAGCAGCAGCAGCGGUCUGCAACAGACAUGCUCAGCCUCAUCAAGUUACCACGAGUCUUCACCAUCAAUCAAGUGCCCAAAGUUUUCCAUGAAGACGGCAUCAUCUCUGGAUACAGGCACCCCUGCAGCUCUGCCACUGACUGCAUCCUCAGCCUCUUCCAGCUGACCAAUGAGACGCUCAACAUCUGGACCCACUUCCUGCCCACUUGGUACUUCCUUUGGAAACUAGUCACAGUGCUGCUGAUUCAGAGAGCAUGGCAGGACUCAUUCACCUGGCCUCUUCUAAUCUUCCUGCUCUCCUGCUGCAUUUAUCCGCUAGCGUCCAGCUGUGCUCACACCUUCAGCACCAUGUCAGCGCGGGCUCGCCACAUCUGCUUCUUCUUUGACUAUGGAGCUCUCAGUUUCUACAGUCUGGGAUCAGCCAUCGUGUACUCCGCGUAUGUUUUUCCAGACAAAUGGGUGAACAGCCUCUACCACCAGUGCUUCAUCCCCAUCGCUGUGCUCAACACUAUCGUCUGCACCACAAUGGCCUGCUACUCCAGGCUUGGCUUGCCCUUUCUGCAAUAUAAUCAUGACACCGUGACAAGAUUCCCUGAGUGCCAGAGGCCCAAGUUCAGCAAAUACCUGCGUGUUGUUGCCUUUGCCUACCCCUACCUGUUUGACAACAUUUCUUUGUUCUACAGGGUGUUUCUGUGUGUAGGCGAGGGCUGUACAGACAACGACACCAACAUCCUCCACUUCUACCACAUCUCCUUAGCUUUCCUCACAGGCUUUCUUUUUGCCACUCAUUUACCAGAGCGCCUGGCUCCAGGGAGCUUCGACUAUAUCGGUCACAGCCAUCAGCUUUUCCACGUGUGUGGCAUCCUUGGCACUCACUUCCAGAUGAAGGCCAUGGAGCAGGACAUGAUGUUACGCCGCUCCUGGCUGCUUGAACACUCUUUACCCAUCACCUUUGCCAACUCAGUGGGUGCAGCGCUGUUUUGUGUGGUGCUGAAUCUGGUUAUCAUUAUUCUCUACAGUCUACCUCUGCUCUCUGGCUCGGUCUGCAAGGAGAAGAAAGAUAAAAUUGUUCCAAAGAAGUCCUCAGCCAAGGUCAGCCGCCACAGCUAGAGCUUCUGAUUUAAGGCUGAGGAAAUCUCAGCUGGGCAGAAGAUGGAAAGAUGUUUGAAAAAGCGCAUCAUGGCUGAUAUGCUAAACAACACUCUUGGGAUAUGAGGGCUGGAAUUAACGGGCAUUAUAACUCUAUCUGCACUGAACUUAUGCUUGUAUUUGGCCUUUUAACAUCUCUGUGAUGUCUGCAGUAAGACAUCAACAAACAAACUUGUUACUAGAAAAUAAAAGAAGUCUAAAUUUCUCUAAAGGGAAUUUCUCCCAUGAAUGUAGCAGCUAGAUUAUAUUUUUAUAACCAUAAGUUAUUUGUUUUUUUUUAUAUAUUUUUUUUGUUUAAUUCUCUGACUUUCACAUGGGAGGUAUGACGAGACUGUAAGCUGCAGGGAACAAAAUCGGUCAAAUUCAAAUUUUAAAUUGGAAGAGUACAGUGUUUUUCAAAAAUCUGAAUUCUUGGCCAACACAGAACGUGGAGAAAAAGCAGACAGUUAUGACAGGGGUAGAAGAAUGUUUGCUGUUGUGUAUGUUCUGCCUGAACUAGCAAUCUGAUCAAUGAAAAGUUAAGUUACUGUUGAUAUGAAGAGUAGAGGAGUAAUACAUUUAGCCCUAAAUGACUGCUGUUUCUGUAAUUUUACACCUCUUUGAUAUGGCACAUUUUCCCUUUAA